CGGGCCUCCUCCCGCCGCCAUGCUGGGGGUGGCGGGGCGGGCGGUCCGUCCGUCCCCGGAGGGGAGGCGGUGCCGCCGCGCAGCCCGGACGGCGGGGCAGGCUCUCCCACACCAGACAAACUCCCCUGUGGAUGCUCUCCUUGCAGUGGUGACUGACAGAUCUACUUCUCUUUUGUGGCCUUCCCGAUCAGUCUCCCCUACAGCGUGGUGCAUUGUAAUUUCUUCCCUGAAGAAAUCAGCACCAGUGAGGAAAUGGCCAAAGUCGAAAGGUUUGCUUUUCAUGUCCCAAGUCUGGAGGAGCUUGCUGGGGUUUUGCAGAAAGGGCUUAAAGAAAACUUUGCUGAUGCUGAAGUCUCUGUUGUAGACUGUCCUGACCUCACUAAGGAACCCUUCAACUUUCCUGCCAAAGGAAUCUGCGGAAAGCCUAGAAUAGCAGAUGUGGGAGGGGUUCCUUACCUCAUACCUGUUGUACAGAAAGAAAAGGUUUAUGAUCUAAAUACAGUUGCAAAAGACAUAGAGCUACCUGGAGCUUUCAUUCUUGGAGCUGGAGCUGCUUCAUCUAAGAUUCUUGGAGUAAAUGCAGAGCUUAUCCCUAUUGUUCAAACUAAGACUGAAAAAAAGCCUGCUGUAAACGGGAGCUACAUCGCUCAGAUAAAUCCUGCAGAUAAAGGGUGCCUGCUUGAGAAGUACAGCAGCAAAUACACUGACUGUGAGUUUGGGCUGUUGGCCAACCUUUAUGCCAGCGAGGGCCAACCUGGUAAGGUCAUUGAAGUGAAAGCCAAUGGAAGAACUGGGGAACUUAACUUUGUGUCUUGUCUGAGACAAAUUUUAGAGAAACACUAUGGAGAAAAGCCAGUUGGGAUGGGUGGUACAUUUGUCAUUCAGAAGGGGAAAGCAAAGAUUCACAUUAUGCCUCCAGAAUUUUCUGCCUGUCCUCUGAACACCGAUGAGGAUGUGAAUAACUGGCUGAAAUUCUUUGAAAUGAAGGCUCCACUGAUCUGUCAGACAGUAAUCGUUUCCAGAGAUCCUGGCUUUGACCUGCGUGUGGAGCACACCCACUGUUUCAGCCACCACGGGGAAGGAGGACACUACCACCAGGACACCAGCCCGGACAGCGUGCAGUACCUGGGGUACCUCCUGCCCGCCGAGCUGCUCUUCCGCAUCGACCGGCCCCAGGAGACGCACCUCGUCGGGAGAGACUGAGACCGGGAGGAGGCUCCGGCGCAGGCACAGCAAUUCAAUCUUUCUAAAAUACAAAUGAUGAUUUUUAUAAGCGCUUUUAAUUAUGCACAUUUAUCAGAGUCAAGAAUAAAACAUGAGAGCAGUAA